GUGCGCUGGGGCAUCAUCGGCUGCGGCGACGUGACGGAGAAGAAGUCCGGUCCCGCGCUGCAGCAGGCCGCGCGCUCCAAGCUCGUGGCGGUCAUGCGCCGCGACGUCGCCAAGGCCGAGGACUACGCGAAAAGACAUCACGUCCCAAAGUUCUACGGCGACGUCGACGCGCUCCUCGCGGACGAGGAGGUCAACGCCGUCUACGUCGCGACGCCGCCGGGCAGCCACCUCGAGCUCGCGCUCCGCGUCGCGGCCGCGGGGCUGCCGCUCUACGUCGAGAAGCCCGCGGCGCGCACGGCCUGGGAGUGCGAGGCCAUGGCCGCGGCGUUCGAAAAGAAGCACCUGCCGCUUUUCGUCGCCUACUACCGGCGCGCGUACCCGCGCUACGCGUCCCUCAAGGCCGCGAUCGCGGCCGGCAAGCUCGGCGCGCUGAAAGCGUGGCGUACACGUUCCGGAAGCCCGCGCCGCCACCCGGCCGGGGCGACGCCGUGGCGCCUCAACGCGAAGGCGAGCGGCGGCGGCCUGUUCCUCGACGUCGGCUCGCACGCGGUGGACCUGCUCGAGUUCGUCCUCGGCGAGGCGCUCGCGGACGUCGCCGGCUCGGCGCGGGGGUCUCCGGGCGAGGUCGAGCGCGCGGUGUCGCUGACCUUUCGCGCGGCCGGCGCGGCCGGCGAGGCGACGUGGGACUUUGAAGCCGACGGAGACGAGGACUCGCUGGUCAUCACCGGCGACGCCCUGGUCGCCCGGUGCCCGGCGGUGAUGAACGGCGUCGACGUCGUCUACGAGCGGCGUGACGGGACCGAGGUCGCGCGCGAGACGUUCCCGGCGCCGAACCCCGUGCAGGGCCCGCUCGUGCAGACGGUCGUGGACGCGCUCCUCGACGGCGCCGCCUGCCCGAGCACGGCCGCGUCGUCGACGCGGUGCUCGACGAUCAUCGACGCCGCGCUCGACGCC